AUGCUGAGAGGGUGGAAUCAAAAAUCUGUGAAUCGAGAUGCUUCAUGGCCCGUGCAUGGACAACGCCGUAUAAGAGCACUAUUCAACCUUUGCUCAAAGGAUACAAGUCAGGAUGAUGGCGGGCGACGUGAUGAAUGCAGUGUUGUGUUUGUGGCACGUCAUCCAUCAUGCAUUUUUAUCUGGCAAGCCCCUUCGGAAGGUCGAGGAGGAUUGUCGAGCCCACGGCCUCCAAAUGAAAACUUUACAGCAACACACAAUGUCGAGACAACGCUCAUUACGUGGCAAGCUAUUCUGAACUUGAUGGGGCGCUCUCAAAAGAGAACAACUGAGCUGCAGGGAGAAGCCAUGGACGAACGGGAGUUUUUGUCUCAAGAGGAAGAGACAGUUGGAUUCAGCAUGGACCACUUCCAAGCAAUCAAAUCUCUCGUGUUUUGCUACUUUGGUGCGCACGAUGCUGGGGCAGAGUUAGCCAUCAAGAAGGGAGACAUCUAUCUCAAGAAAUCACCUGGAGGUCCUGUUGGAAGUGUAGAUUGCUUUUGUCGAUCAGUGUCCCUCUAUGAUGCCGCACGGAAGCACAAACGUAAACGGAGGUUCUGCCGAAAGCACGCAGUCGCCGCGAGGUCGACCAUGAGAGCAAUUGCCAGAAAUGAUUUGGCGUUGGCCAAUGAGCGCCUUGCGGACUAUUUGCUCAGCUCCUCCAAGCUCAACGACGGGGACAGGGAAGAUGCCCGGUUCAGACUGGAGAAGGCAAUUGAAUGUUACACAGAUUGGGGCGCUCUUGAAAAAGCCGAGCUCCUCCCACCCAAAUUGGAGGAUCUGAAGAACCAGCUGAGUGCGGCGUUUGAAGAGACGGCCACGUCUCAAUGCCUUUAG